GGCUACAGUUUCACUUGCAACCGCUAGUGAUGCAGAUUUUGAUGUACUUUCGUCAACCGAAUUGAACUUUAGUCCUGGUAAUACUGAUGAAACGAUUACCAUAGCAACUAAGGAUGAUUCAGUUAUUGAAGCUGACGAAGUCUUUGUUGUAACUCUAUCAACAACAAGUCCCAGUGUGCAAAUUGACAAGGUCAAAGGAGUUACAACCAUUACUAUUAAUGACAAUGAUGGUAAGUGUUUUCCACACGUCACAUGCUUACCAAUGACAAUAGGCUGUAUGUAAAUGGUGUCUAAACAACGCUAUGGAAAUUCAACAGGCUGUCGUCAGGGCCGUAGCUAGACCGAUAAUUGGGGGGUCCAUAUUCAUAUAUUCGCGUUCUGCCCGACGGAUUUCUUUUGAAAGCUAUUGUGUAUGAAUAUAUAUGCGAUUGUGUAUGGCUGUCGCGUGCAUCAUAACCGUGGCUAAACAAUUCAAUUUUUACAUGGGACGAAAGAACAGUUAUUUAGCUUUAGUCAAUGAUACUCUUUUUAAUUAAAUCGUAACGAUGAGAAAUGGCCACAUACUGUACUCCUCAAAUAAAAACUUCCACCGUUGGAAUUGCCAACCUCGUUCCCAGGCUCUUCCCUCUUGUGGAGGAAACACCCUGGUCGGGGCUGGUCACGUGACCCAUAGAAAAUUGAUAGCCCAAGUGGGGGGUGGAAAAGUCUUGUAUUACAUGUUUCCACUUCCGCACUUUACACUUCGAUUGCAAGGAGUGCCCGUUCUGUACAAUCAUCUGUGAGAAUCAUAUAUACUUCAAAAUACUUACUAAAUUGGUUUCUGUUUGCUUUUAAAUUAUAUAAACCUGCUAAACAGUAGAUUCUUAUAGAAAAGACAAGUCAAGCAACGAAAACGUAUAAUCGUAUGCUUUGAAAUAUUUUCCCUUUUAUUCUCUCGGGGUUCGGGCGCAGUUUCAUUUUUCGCGUACGUUUCUGUUCUGCUUCGGGUUCAGAUAUUUAAAAUAUUCUUGUAAUAUGACAUUGAAUUGUUGUCUUAUUGAAACGGUAUAAAUUUGUUAAAUAGAGGUCGCCUUGGUGGUCUUACAGCAAAAGUUACACAUUUGGACACUAGCCAAAUAGACAUUGAAUGUCCAUUCUAUUGAUUCUAAAACCGUUUACAUACAUAGUUGAAUGCAGGAAUGAUAGCUGAUAAGGUUUGGCAAAUAGUUUUUAAUAUAUCUGGUAUAAAGUAUCCCUACGUUUAAUCAGGGAUACAUAUUAAAUUCAUAAACUGUAUGUGCGCACGAAAACUCGCUCGUAGAAUUAUUUAAUGAAUAAUGAGUUAACGUUUUUAUAAGCCUUUUAGAGUUUCCAUAGAUAAAUAGGUUGUUUGCCUGCAGUAUCGUUUGGUGAAACUAAUUCUAGAAAGUCAAUCACAGUAUACGAUAAAGUUUCACAAGGUUGAUAUAAACAUUGUCUUGAUGACCCACAGCGGCAUGACAUAAGUCGAAAGAAGCUGGAUUUUAAGCGGGAUUAUUCUUCAAAUAAAGCCCAACAUGGCCAGAAAUCACGGACAAAAUGGCGGCUAAUUCGAUUUCUUAUGCGCACAACUAACUUAUUUUACGAGACCAAGAUGGCGGAUAUUAUACGGUAUUCUAUUACAGACAAUAUAAAAUCGAUGCGCAAAAUGAAAUAUAGAAUGAUUUGCAUGUUCCACACGUCUACAAAUAGUAUUACCUAUCUGAAAAUAUAGCUCUCGAGGGUUUUGACGUCUCACGAUUUGCCAUUAGCCGGGCCGAGUAAACUCGAUUCAAAACAUUUCCAUAUAAUAUAAGCUUCUAUUAUAUUCAGCAAAUCCUCCCUACUCGCUCACGUUUAGUCCAUUAUAGCGCUGCCGAAAAAGGCCCCAAAACAAAAGAAAUUGCGGGAAAUGCAAAUAUAUUCAAAUUUGUUUGGUCUUCUAAAGUUUGGAAUGUUGUAUUAUCUUCGUUAUAGUUUUAAGAAAUUCAUUCCUACAGUCUUUCACUUAUAUAAUCAUCUAUCCCUGGAUGAAAUUUAUAUUUAACUCUUUGUAAAAAGACAUUGUCGAAUGUAUUUAUAAUGUUUGUUUACAUUAGAUUUGAAGUCGCGCGUAUGUCACGCGCUCGCGUGGGAACAGUUUUUGCACCCACAAUUAAAACCGCUGACUGUCCGUGAUUUCUGGCCAUGUGAGGCAAUGCCAUGCAAUGAAAGGUCUUCAAAAGAUUUAUAAUGUACCUGCAUGCUAUAAAUUACUCUAAUACAUGAACUAUGAAAUAAUUUAGUAAUUUACUAUGAAGCACAAUACCAUAUCUGGUAACAACUUGAAUAUUUUAUAUUUAGGACGAAACAUGCACCGCACGCACGGAGGAGUAUUGGCGUUUGUGUGAUAACAGAUAGCUAUACUUCAACACAAUCAUUUGAUCGUUGAGUUUGAGCAAUGUAAAUGCAGGGAAUUUUACAGUCCAUAACGGGUUUUAAUCCUGUGCUUUCCGAGUCAGGAUAGCAUUGUUUACACACAGUUGGCGCGAUGUUUGGGAAUUCAAAGGAUCGCGUUAUAAAAUAAAUCUUUUGUUUUGAAUAUCAGACAGGAUACACUUCAACUAUAAACAACCAUAUCGUUCGUUUGAUCGAUCAGUCGGUGCAGAAGAUAUGUAUGUUUCUACGGCAAAACCUGCUCAACUUUCCAAGCCAGGCGCGCGUUGAGUCUUUUCCUCGUAAGUUUAAAUAUGAUCCAGCUUCUCGCUUGAAAUGUACCGCAACACUUAUUAUUGAUGACAUUCAGUAUAGCAGGAAGUCGUGUCAUGAUGAAUACGAAUUUAUAACAGUUUCUUUCACGAUUUCUUAUUGCAAAUUUAUAUCACCCGAAACUAUAACACGCAUAAUUAUAAUUUUCCAAACCCAACAAACAGACUCCUCUACACAGCCAGAAACGCGCAAGUCGGAACAGAUGUGCAACAGAUCUGUUAAAUCCUGUUGUCAACAAGCCGAUAUCUGAAUGCGUUCGCUCGCCUUGUACCUGUCUGUUCUGACAGACCUGCAACGGCCUGUCAACAGGUCUGUUACAAGCUGUUGUGACAGAGCUGCUGCAAUGCUGUUUUCAACAGGUCUGUUACAAGCUGUUGUAACAGAGCUGCUGCAAUGCUGUUUUCAACAGGUCUGUUAAAAGCUGUUGUGACAGAGCUGCAGCAAUGCUGUUUUCAACAGGCCUGUCGCAAGUUGUUGACACAGAGCUGCAGCAAUGCUGUUUUCAACAACUUGCGACAGACCUGUUGCAAACCGAGGAAAGCGCCUUAUGAAGCUUGUCUAUCCACUAUUUUGAACAAAAAACGGCCAAACAGGUUGCCAUAUUUCGGUUGUAGUGUUUCGUGAAAUAGAAGUUUGAAAUAUAAAGUUUUAUAAACAAACUUGCGAGAUAAGUUUUGAGCAAAACAGCCGAAAAAAUACGACAAAUUCAAGAAAGGUUCUUAUCGUAAACAAUUUUCAAAAUUAUUUGUCUUGAAGUACGACCGAAAUAUGACAACCUACUUGCAUAUUUUUCUUCAAAACAGUACAUACCAUAAACACAAAGCUUCAAUAAGGCGUCUUCCUCGCUCGCAGAUUUCACUUGAAAUUGGAAAGAAAUUAAAUAACGAAUUUCAUGUUCAUAUCAGCAAUGACGAACGUUGCAAUGAACACUCGGUUGUUCAUGUAUUGUUCAUUUCUUAAGCUCUAGAUCUUGUAUUCUCAUUGCUACAGUUUCUUCAAAAAUCAAAACAGCUUUGAACUUGUUUGAUUUUGUUUGAGGCAGUUCAGCAGUUGUUGAAAUUUUGUUUGGCUCAAAAUUCAAAAACAACAAAACAUGAUUACGUGAUUGAUAUGUUUGUAAUAUUUCGCCCAAUUGCAACGAGGAAUGAUGACGUGUGCACACGCGUUUAUCCAAUCAGAUUAAAGAAAUAUAGCGAUAGCACACGUCAGCAAAUUGGAAUUUGGAUUUUGGAAAUCGGAACUUUUUUAAAAAAAAUAAAACAGCGGCUUUUGCAUUUUAUAAUAAUCAGAGAAUAGAUACUAUGGACUAUAAUCUCUCCUAUGUGAUUUAAUAUCGCCACCAAUGACAAUGAUUAAAUGAGAAAGUGAAGCCGGAAGUGUCCAUUUCGUGCGAUUUUAUAUCUCUUUACUCACAUUUUCGAUUUGUUUCCCUACAACAGGCUUGUUGAAACUUGUUGUGACAGGACAAAAAUUGUUUGUUGUGGACAGGUUUGUCGCAGGUCUGAUAACAAGCUUGCUGCAGACUUGACAAAAACAACUCGCGACAGGUCUGUUGGAACAGGUUGGAACAGACCUGUUGAUUUCAACAGACUUGCUGCAAAUUGUUCUAUCAGACCUGUUAUCUCUUGUUAGUAACAGGUUUGUAGCGGGUUGUUUCAACAAGUCGCUACGGCUCUGUUGUCAACAGCUUGCGACAGACCUGUUACCGCAAGCCUGUUACCGCCUGACGAAACCAACAGACCUGUCGCGACUUGUUGACAACUUGCCGCAAGCCGGUAAAAUCAACAGCUUGCGACAGGCCUGUGAGAUUUCUGGCUGUGUACUACUCUUCCCUGAGAUCAAUUCAAUUUACCACGCAAAAUCUGCGAGUCACGUGAUCAGCCCCGACCAGGAUCUUUCCUCCACAAGAGGGAAAAGCCUGGGAACGAGGUUGGGGAAUUGCAUGGAAAACGAAACACAGACAAUUCCCAAGAGGGAAUUAAAAUUGUAUAUUGAAUUAUCUAAAAUGAGCUUAACUUGUCAAUCGUCGUACGUCUUUGUGACACAAUAAGAACGUCCAUUAAACAUAUGGUUCAAUUAACCACUGAACAGACUCAUUCGUAAUCAAAAGUUUACGAAACAAAUGGCUUGCAGCAAACUCGCGUUGUUUUGGAUUGAUUAACUUUGCAUAAUUAAUGUUUUUCAAUUCCCAACGGUGAAAGAAUGUGAUUUCGACCGGCAAUUUUUAUUUGACGAGUAUGUGGCCAUUUUUCAUCGUUACGGUUUAAAAAAGGUAUCAUUGAAAAUCUAAAUGACUGUUCUUUGGCCCUAUUUAAAAAUUUAAUUGUUUAAAGUUGAUGAUUCACGCCAGCCAGUUGAAUUUCCAUAGCGUUUUUCAAAAACGUGCUGGCUAGGGACGAGCCGACGAGAACGUGUUGUGUGCCCCUGCCGUCAUGGGUCCGUGACUUAUUAAAAUUUUGAAAAAAUAAAAAUUUGAAAAUCAAAAUUAAGAUAUAACAAUUUAUAUUUUAAAAAUCUCAAUUUACGAAAUAAUUACCGAAACAUUCAACAAAUCAUGGUACAGUGAUUCGAAAGUUAUUGAAAAAUGGUAUGUCCAGAAUUUCUUUUCACUCUCCCCCCUCCCCCCCCCCCUUCCCCAACCCGCUUGUCAACAAUUUUGAGGAUCAAAGAUUAAUUAGCGAUUGAAAGGUUUCAUGUUUGAUCAGUAAUAUCCCCCACCCCAAUCUUGAUCCAUCCGUCACUGGGCCUUGGCCCCAUCAGACGUUGCUCAGUUGUCGUCCCUUUCAAGAUCCCAGCACGUCCCUAGACAUCCUGUAUAUAUGUAUCACAAAUAGUUUAUUUAUCACGCUAAUUUACAGAGUGUAUGAAGACUGUACUAGUGUUUGGCUAGUUUCUGGUUGUGCGUUUCCAAUUGAAAUCCAACCAACACAUUGCCUUUAUAUCCUUUGCGUUACUGGCUUAGACUGUUUUCAUCAUUACGAACAAACUGAUACAAUACUGCAAAAUAAAUAUCUAAGGUAAUAUUGGUAAGGUAAUAUUACAAGAUAUAUAUUAAAGGUAAUGAUCUUGUUUUUAUAACCACUCGAUACAGGUUUAUCCAAUCCAACGUCUUCAUCAAACGCUAACACUGGAGUCGUUAUUGGAGCCGUAAUGGCAGCGGUGGUUGUUUUAAUAGUAAUCUUGAUCGUUGCCUGUCUUUUAUAUCGACGAAAACGGAAAAACGAGAACACACCAGACACUGGUAACAUUCAAAAUGCUGCUUUUGAAGGCGACACACAACCAAGGAAACCUUCGUCAGAGAUACCUUAUUCUGAUUAUGAAGAACCAGCAAAGCUUGCUGCAAAUGAUCAAAGUUUAAACACAGAAGAUUAUGCGCAACUGGACAUUUCCAAGAGAACUCCCAUUGAUGCAAAUUAUCAAAGUUUAAAUAUAGAUGUUUACGCGCAAUUGGACAGUUCCAAGAGAGUUCCUAUUGAUGCAAAUUAUCAAAGUUUGAAUGAUAUGGAAGGCUACGCGCAAUUGGACAGUUCCAAAAGAGUUCCCAUUGAUGCAAAUUAUCAAAGUUUGGAUACAGAAGGUUACGCGGAAUUGGAUAGUUCCAAAAGAGUUCCCAUUGAUGCAAAUUAUCAAAGUUUGGAAACAAGAGGUCAGAUGGAAGUUGACAAAAAUCACAAUGAAAAUGUUCUGCAGUCUGCUUCAUCGAACAUUGAUAGCAAUUCAAGAAACGAAGUUCCUGAUGACUCAGCGUACGAAAUAAUGCCUUAG